UUAAAAAAGAAAAAGGAAAAAACCUACAGAAACGUGUUGUACAAGAGAAAGAUAAUUAGGGAAAGAAGAAGACACAGAGACAAUAAUCCUUCAUCGAUGGAAGAGCAGAAGAGCCACGUAAAAGACAAAAGAGGAAGAGAGGCUAAUGAAAUACCCAACGACGAUGUGUUAGAAGAAAUUUUGAUGAGGCUUCCAGUGAAAACCCUACUUAGAUUCCAAAUUGUAUCUAAACACUGGAGGCAUACGAUAAAGUCCAAGUCUUUUAGGGAGAGAUACAUGUUGCAUCAGAAAACCAAGGACCCCAAAUUUCUCUGUAUCUAUGAAGGUAAGAACUGGUAUGAGCCAAACUUUGCUCUAAUGACGAUGAGGUUGGAGUGGUCUUCGAGUUGUCUAGUCGAAGAAGAAGUAUACCAUAUUAGUUAUGAACACAAAGCGAAUUUGGUGGUAUUUUCUACAAGUUUGGAUGGUCUUUUCUUAAUCUAUGGCGGUAAGAACUUGAAUAGACCAAUAAUGGUGAUAAACCCAGCCAAUAGAUGGUCUCAAACGCUCCCUCUUGCUAGGAUUCAGCUAGAGCAUUGUUUAGACAAUAACAAGAGAGAGUUCUCUCCACCAGGAUUUGGAAAAGAUUGCGUCACUGGAAUAUACAAACUAGUAUUGUUACAUAACAUUAACAACACUUCAUCAUGCGAGGUUUUCGAUUUCGGUGCUAAGCAAUGGAGGCAGGUGGUUCCACCACCUCCUCCUAAUCAUCGAAUAAAGCAUGAGCAUGCACCAACUUUUGCAAACGGAUGGCUUUAUUGGUUCAGCCAAGAUAAGACCAUGUUGGUUGCCUUUGAUCUUCACAUGGAGAUAUUUAGAGUAGUUCCAAAUCCAAUUAUCGAGGCUUCAUCAUCAUCAUCAUCAUCUGUUGAGAUGAGUAUGAGAAGCGUAGAUGAUGACCGUCGUCUUGUGUGGAUUUCAGAGAUAAAUGGAGAUGGUAUGCAACACGUUUGGAGGCUCACUAACCACAACACAGGAGGGGCAUUAUUGAAAAUGGGCAAGAUGUUUUCCUUUGACUUGAACAAGGUUACUUCCACUUGGUUUGAUGAUGAUACUAAUGAUCCUUCUUCACUCCUCAGACUUGAGGCAAUUUCCAAGAAUGGUGGUAACAAGGUAAUGCUCUCAAAACAGCCCGGUUCCGAAAAUCUCCUCCUAUUUCAACCCCAAAACCCUACUUCCAUUCACAAUCGCAUCUUUUCUUAUUCCCCUGCCCGGCCCAGUGACAGUCUCCUUCUUCCUUAUUUCCCAAGUUUAGCCUCUCCCUUGUGA